UAAUAAGUCGCUCGUCUCCAAAGUCCAAACAAAACCCUAGUCUUUUUAAAGAUUUUUAGACGCAACACCCCGGUGUACAAAAGCCCGAGCUUUGCGUAAGUUUAACGAAGGAGCGAAUGGCCUGGACGAUAUUCACUGACGGUGCUUCCUCCACAACGGCUACUCUACUUCCCUUUCGCUUAAGCUCUCUCUACCGCAAAAACGGCGUCCAUGUCUGCCUUCACCGCUUCUUAUCGAAGCCUCUUCGCGUUGGAGUCGCGAUGCCUACCGCGCCCGCCAGACUCACUGUCUCCCUCACACACACCUCAACCUCCUUGUCUCCGGUUGUUGCCUCCGCAAUGACUACUGAGGCCUCUGCUAAGGUAAUUGAUGGAAAAUUAGUGGCGAAGCAAAUCCGAGAUGAGAUAGCUGCUGAAGUGUCCAGGAUGAAGGAGUCAGCAGGCAUUGUUCCGGGGUUGGCAGUUAUUCUUGUCGGGGAUAGAAAGGACUCUGCAACUUAUGUACGCAAUAAGAAAAAAGCUUGUGAAUCUGUGGGGAUUAAUUCUUUUGAAGUGCACUUGCCUGAGGAAUCCACUGAACAAGAAGUGCUAAAGUCUAUUUUGGGCUUCAAUGACGAUCCAUCGGUUCAUGGAAUCCUUGUUCAGUUGCCUCUACCUUCUCAUAUGAAUGAGGAGAAUAUCUUAAAUGCGGUUAGCAUUGAGAAAGAUGUGGACGGUUUUCACCCACUAAACACUGGUCGUCUUGCAAUGAGAGGUAGAGAACCUUUGUUUGUCCCAUGCACGCCUAAAGGAUGCAUAGAGCUGUUGCAUAGAUAUGGUAUUGACAUCAAAGGAAAGAGGGCAGUUGUGAUUGGCCGAAGCAAUAUUGUCGGAAUGCCGGUCGCAUUGUUGCUGCAAAACGAAGAUGCCACUGUCAGUAUCAUCCAUUCUAGAACCAAGAACCCUGAGGACAUCACUAGACAAGCAGAUAUUAUAAUCUCAGCUGUUGGGCAACCAAAUAUGGUCAGGGGAAAGUGGAUAAAGCCUGGUGCGGUUGUAAUUGAUGUUGGAAUUAAUCCAGUUGAGGAUGCAGCACAUCCUCGAGGAUACCGUUUAGUAGGAGAUGUCUGUUAUGAGGAGGCAUGCAAGGUUGCUUCAGCUGUUACUCCAGUGCCUGGCGGAGUUGGGCCAAUGACCAUUGCUAUGCUUCUCGCAAAUACUCUUAGCGCGGCUAAAAGGGCAUACAACCUUGCGUGAGCGCUACGGGAUUUUCAAGUUAAAGCAUAAUGGAGAAAAUUCAUCAUGCAGAUGAAUCUUUGGUUGUCAGGGGAUAGCUUCCUUGUUAUUUAACAAUUUGGGUAUUGCGUCACUUGCUUCACAGCAUGCAAUAUCUCUAGUUUACACAGUUAAACUCAACAAGAUAUUAUUGAAGGAAGUCAGAGCAUCAAUUUUUCACCAGAAGCGUAUACAUAUAUGAAUAGAGGGCUAUGACAGCUAGAUUUAUGCUGAGGUCCACAGCUAACUGUGGCAUCAGGUGAUGCCUGAUGAUAUUAUGUUUAGCCAUUUGCGGCCUUUUUCUUAAAGAGAGAGGGUUUCUUUAUUUGAUUUGAUAUUUUUUGACAGAGAGAUGGUUUAUUACUUUAUUUCUCUAUGAUAAAGCACCUCAUUCCGGAGUUUGUUUCGAUAUGUAAUUUCAUGCAUUUUGGCUCUUAAUUAAGAUGCUAGAAUUUAUGGA